AUGAGCGAAAUCGAACUCAUCGGCUUCGAGGGCCGGUCUAUUCGCAUCAACACGGGCCUUUUUAUCAACAAUGAGUUUCAGCUAGCGACGGGAGGAUCACAGCUCGAGGUCGAGAAUCCCACCACAGGCAGCGUCCUUACAUCCAUCUCAGCCGCACAGCGAGAAGAUGUCGAUGCCGCCGUACGUGCUGCCAAAUCGGCAUUGCAAGGUCCAUGGGCAGCAGCAACUCCAGCUCGUCGGGGCCAGUUGCUAAACCGACUCGCCGACCUGAUCGAGCGGGAUGCGGAUGACCUUGCCAGCCUCGAGGCCCUGGAUGCGGGUGUCUUGUUCGGAGAGUCAAAGGGCCUCCAUAUUCCCCAAGCUACAGAGACACUCAGGUAUUUCGCUGGAUGGGCAGACAAAAUUGCUGGCCAGUUGUUGAGUAUCCCACAGGGAUAUGCGUACACACGGAGAGAGCCGCUCGGGGUGUGCGCUGCCGUUGUGCCUUGGAACGCACCAUUAAUGAUUACUAUAUGGAAGCUGGCUCCCGCAAUCGCAGCAGGCAAUGCAUUGAUCAUCAAGACACCAGAGCUCGCGCCUUUGUAUGCACAAAAGCUUGCUAGCCUCAUAAAAGAGGCAGGGUUCCCACCUGGUGUUCUGGCUAUCCUUUGCGGUUAUGGUGCAGUUGCUGGUCAGGCACUGGCCGAGCAUAAUGGGGUCAAGAAGAUUGCAUUCACGGGAAGCGCCCCCGUCGGCCGGGAGAUAUUGCGAGCUGCAGCGGGUUCGAACCUCAAGAAGGUGACCCUAGAACUAGGCGGCAAGAGCCCCUCAAUCGUGUUCUCUGAUGCUGAGCUGGACAAUGCUCUAUUCUGGACCACGUUAGGAUUCACAGCCAACAAUGGACAGGUUUGUGCGGCAGGGUCGCGCAUCUACGUCCAUGCAAACAUAUACGAUAAGUUCCUUCUCGCCUUCGCUGAGAAGUUGGCCCAUACCACCCCCGGAGAUCCUCUAUCGGGUAAGACAACCAAAGGUCCCGUUAUUAGCCAAAGACAGAGGGAGAAGAUUACCGAAUAUAUCCGCCACGCAAAGGAAUCUGGUAUCCGCCUGUUGGCUGGAGGAGCUGAGAUUCCCGGCAAUGGUAACUUUGUUCCCAAUGCUGCCUUCGCCGAUGUGCCUGAUGACGCGCGUAUCAUGCAAGAGGAGAUAUUUGGUCCUGUUGCCUCAAUUGCAAAGUUCAAUACUGAAGCCGAAGUGAUUAAGAAAGCCAAUGCCACCGAAUUCGGACUGAGUGCUGCUGUGUUCACGAAUGACGUUAACCGGGCACAGCGUGUUUCAGAAGCCCUGGAAUGUGGCCAAGUCACAAUUAACUGCUGGGGUAUGUUGCACGCCAACACUCCAUUUGGGGGAGUUAAGCAGUCUGGGUUUGGCCGUGAUAUGGGUGAAGAAGCAUUGGAAGCGUGGAUGUCGACAAAAACUGUCAAGUACUUUACUCUACCAACAGCUGAUGAGUAG